AUUCCUUCUCUAGGGUUUUAGUCCGCAUUUCUUCUUGCGAGAGGGAGGCGGCGAUGGCGAUGGCGGCGACCGAUGGUACGUUCCUCGUCCCCCAGACGCAGGGCACGGUGCUGUGCUGCUUGUGUGGCGUGGCUAUGGCGCCCAAUCCAGCGAAUAUGUGCGUCUCGUGCCUGCGCUCCCAGGUAGACAUCACCGAGGGCCUCCAGAAGCACGUCACGGUCCUCUACUGCCCGGAAUGCGAGCGCUACCUCCAGCCGCCGCGCUGCUGGAUCAAGGCGGGGCUGGAAUCCCGCGAGCUCCUCACCUUUUGCAUCAAGCGGCUCAAGAAUCUCAACCGCGUCCGCCUUGUGGACGCCGGAUUCGUGUGGACGGAGCCUCACUCCAAGCGCCUCAAGGUGAAGCUCAAGAUCCAGAAGGAGGUGAUGCACGGCGCCAUCCUGGAGCAGAGCUACACGGUGGAGUUCGUGGUCCAGGAUCAUAUGUGCGAGGCUUGCUCGCGCGCCGCCGCCAACCCGGACCAGUGGGUCGCCGCCGUCCAGCUCCGCCAGAAGGUGGAUCACAAGCGGACCUUCUUCUUCCUGGAGCAGCUCAUCCUCAAGCACGCCGCCGCGGCGCUGGCGAUCAACAUCAAACAGAUGCACGAAGGGAUCGAUUUCUUCUUCUCGAGCAGGAGCCACGCGCUCAAGUUCGUGGACUUCGUUAGCAGCGUAGUGCCCGUCAAGAGCAGGAAUGACAAGCAGCUGGUCUCUCACGACACCAAGAACAACUCGUACAACUACAAGUUUACGUUCUCGGUGGAGAUCUGCCCGGUUUGCAAGGACGAUCUGGUCUGCCUCCCGCAGAAGGUGGCCGCGGGGCUCGGGAACAUCGGCCCGCUGGUGCUGUGCACUCGCGUCUCCAACACUUUGAUGCUGCUCGACACACAGACUCUACGCUCCGCGUUUGUGGAUGCGUCGCAGUACUGGAGGGUUCCUUACAGGGCUUUGAUCUCGAGCAGGCAGCUCGUGGAGUACGUUGUUCUUGACAUCGAGAUCGACUCUCCGGCCGAGAGCAGCAGCCAGAAGUACGUUCUCGCCCACGCACAGGUGGUGAGGAGCUCCGACUUUGGCAAGAACGACACCAUGUUUAACGUGAGGACUCAUCUCGGGCACUUGCUGCGUCCCGGGGACUAUGCUCUCGGCUACGAUCUCUACGGCGCCAACACCAACGAUCUGGAGCUGGAGAAGUACCGGGGACUGGUUCUGCCCGAGGUGGUGCUGGUGAAGAAGAGCUACGAAGAGAAGCGGCAGAAGAGGCGGGGCAAAGCGCGGCCGUGGAAGCUCAAGAGCUUGGAGAUGGAUGUGGAUGAGAGCACCGGAGGCAAGGAGGAGAGCAAGAGGGCGGUGGAGUACGAGAGGUUUAUGGAGGAGCUGGAGGAGGACCCGGAGAUGAGAUCCAAGAUCGCGCUGUUUAAGAAUCCGGUAGCGGUGGCGGCGUCAUCCAUCGCUGGAGAGGACGAGGAUGGAGAGCUUCCUCAAGUUCCUCUGGAAGAACUCCUUGGAGAUCUAACGCUCGAGGAAGACGAAAAUGGCGAGGAAGACGAAGAAGAAGACAUGGAAGAGUGAGAGUUUGUGGAAACGAAGAAUGUGAGAAUAAAUGCCAUUGUGGUUCUAGGGUUUUU